AUGACCAAACUCUUCACCCCCCUUCGCGUCGGCCGCGUCGAGCUCGCCAACCGCAUCGCCAUGGCACCCAUGACCCGCUUCCGCGCCGACGAUAACCACACCCCCCUCCCCAUCGUGAAAGAAUACUACGCCCAACGCGCCUCAGUCCCCGGCACCCUCCUCAUAAGCGAAGCAACGUCCAUCACCGCCCGCGCCGGCGGAUACCCCAACGCACCGGGGAUCUACAACGACGCGCAGAUCGCAGCGUGGAAGGAAGUAACGGACGCCGUGCACGCCAAGGGCAGCUACAUCUACCUUCAGCUGUGGGCAUUGGGCCGGGUCGCAAGCCGUGAACUCCUGCAAGCGGAAGGCGGGUUCGAUCUCAUCUCGAGUAGCGCGACAGCCAUGGACGAGAAGUCCCAUACGCCGCGCGCGCUAUCUGAGACUGAGAUCCACGAGUGGAUUGCGGACUACGCGCAGGCGGCGCGGAAUGCCAUUGCGGCUGGAUUUGACGGUGUUGAGAUCCAUGGUGCGAAUGGGUAUUUGAUUGAUCAGUUUAUUCAGGAUACGUGUAAUAAGCGCGAGGAUGCGUGGGGUGGGAGUGUUGAAAAGAGGGGGAGGUUUGCGGUUGAGGUUGCGCGUGCGGUUGUUGAGGCUGUUGGUGCGGAUCGAACGGGUAUUCGGUUGAGUCCGUGGGGUACAUUCCAGGGGAUGAGGAUGGAGGAUCCGAAGCCGCAGUUUGGGUAUUUGGCUACGCAGCUGGCCGGGUUGGGACUUGCGUAUACGCAUUUGGUUGAGUCGACCAUCGCGGGGAAUGACGAUGUUGAGACGGCGGAGAAGUUGGAUUUCUUCUUACAGGCUUAUGGGAAGGCUUCGCCGGUUAUUGUUGCCAGUGGGUAUGAGGCUGAGUCGGCGGUUCAGGCGGCGGAUGUCAAGUAUGCGGGCUAUGAUGCUAUUGUUGGCAUUGGACGUCCGUUCAUUUCGAACCCUGACUUGCCGUUCCGUGUUCAAAAGGGCAUUCCGUUUGCGCCUUAUGAUGCUGCCACUUUCUAUAACGCCAAAGACCCUAAGGGAUACACUGACUAUCCGUUCAGUGCUGAGUUCCAGAAGUCUAUUGAGGCUGCGGCUUGA